AUGCGCAUCGAAAAGUGUUAUUUCUGUUCGGGACCAGUGUAUCCCGGACAUGGAGUCAUGUUUGUACGAAACGACUGUAAGACAUUCAGGUUUUGUCGAUCUAAAUGCGUAAAGAACUUCAAAAAGAAGCGUAAUCCCAGAAAAACAAGAUGGACCAAAGCUUUCAGGAAGGCAUCAGGAAAAGAGCUGACAGUGGACAAUUGUCUAGAGUUUGAAAAACGCAGAACUACCCCUAUCAAAUACAACAGAGAAUUGUGGGACAAGACAGUUCAAGCUAUGAAGAAGGUGGAAGAAAUCAAACUGAAGCGACAGGCAAGGUUUAUUAUGAACAGAUUGAAGAAGGGAAAGCAGUUGGAAAAGGAAGAGGCAAUCAUUGAAGUCAAGAAAAACAUCCACCUCAUCAGAGCUCCACACGCAGGAAAGGCCAAACAGUUGGAAGAAAAGAUGGUGCAAAAGUUACAAGAAGAUGUCGACAUGGCGGAUGAGGAUCUGUAA